UCCUCGUAUGUUCUAUAGCGGUGCUUCCACAAUACAUGAGAGGCUUGUUCAAUGUUCACGCGUUGACCCCGACUACCGUCGACCUCUAGGACACGACCAGACGAAGCCCAGAAGCCGCGAUACAGUAGGAAGCAUGGGAAAGAGUGGCUAUACCUGCGUCAGAUACAUCUUCUGCUACCUCAACAUUAUACUUUGGCUAUCAGCAUGUGGUCUGCUGGGUGUGGGGGCGUGGCUGUAUGUGUCUCACAGUGGAUACACCACACUUCUGCCCCAGUACGCUCUGGUAGGGGCUGACUCUCUACUGUUGGCUGCUGGAGCUACUCUUUUUGUCAUCACUUUCUUCGGUUGCUGCGGCAGCUGGUGUCAAAGCAGAUGUUUACUUGUUAUGUACUUUACGUUGGUGAUAUUCCUCUUCUUGGUAGAGUUUGCGAUUGCAACACUUGCUUUCGUCUUUCGAGAGAGGUUGGGUCUCUCCAUGAAAGAUGAGUUGCUUUUUGGGAUUGAGGAACAUUACCUGAACCCUCCAGACAACGGGAUGGAAGUCAUCUGGGACCACAUUCAGGAGGAGUUUCACUGCUGCGGUGUCACCAGCUAUGAGGACUGGUUUGAUAUCAAAGCUUGGCCAGGCAAGAAAUUUGUUCCAGACUCAUGCUGUCUACCAAAGUUUGAGAACACCACAGGUUGUGGUCAGCCGUCUCCCGCAGACUAUGAUCCGGAUGGUACUUGGUACAUGACGGGCUGCUCUGAGCAAGUGCAGAUGUGGUUCCUCACAAGACUACACAUUGUAGGCAUUGUUGGGCUAGUUAUUUCAUUCAUCCAGCUCUUUGGACUGAUUUCAUCAAUGCUACUAUUCUGCACAGUUCGACACAAGCGGACUUCUCACACUUACAAGUCUUACGACACGACCUCCUGACUACUGGACAGGGAUUCACAGUCGAUCCCUCUCUAACAGUUUGGCUGAUGAAUCCCAUCAAUAACAAGACAAUAUUGGUGCUAACCAGUUGUAUACUACCCAGUGGUGUACCUACCGAUGAUAAAAAGCAGUAUUUUAUGUUACAUCACAGACUUAGUUGUAAAUAAUUUAAUGCCAAUGUUAAUGUUUUAUAUUACAGUAUUUUAUAUGUAAAUAACAAUUUAGUUUAGCAUAUUUUAACGAUAUGCAAAUGUUAAA